CUAGGCUUUCCUGCGCCAGCAGCGGUGUGUCACCGAGGCUAGGCUGCUGCCGGAGAGACCCGGAGUCAGGGCAAACACCCAACCAGUUAACCCAAACUGGCAUCGCAGUGGGGCUGAGGGGCUGCCCCUGCGAGUUUUAAACUUGAACAUCUAGGUUGGAUCCUACGCCUCUCUCUGUCACCACCGCCUGUCCUCCUGAUGUCGGAUUUCAAGCUCGGGAUCGUACGGCUCGGCCGUGUGGCCGGGAAGACAAAAUACACACUGAUUGAUGAGCAGGACAUACCGCUUGUGGAAAACUAUGCGUUUGAGGCUCGCAUGGAGGUAGAUGCGGAUGGCAAUGGAGCUAAGAUCUUUGCCUACGCUUUCGACAUUGGCAAAGGCCGCUGGGCAGGAAGGCCACUACAUGAGCUCCUCUGGGAGAAGCACAGAGGAGGCAUUGCCCCCAGUUUUCAAGUCAUCCAUAUUAACUCUGUGACUGUGGACAACCGGCUAGACAACCUGCGACUGGUACCGGUGGGCUGGAGUCCCAAGCCGGAGGAGAUUUCCAGCAAACAGAGAGAGCAGUCUCUGUACUGGCUGGCCAUCCAGCAGGUACCGGCCGACCCUGUAGAGGAACAGUAUCUGGAGCUGAGCCGCACACGCUAUUACAACGCUAAUGGGGAGCUAGUGGAGGAAGAGGAGUGCUCCUGCACUUACUAUGAGUGUCAUUAUCCUCCUUGUUCACUCAUUGAGAGGAGGCUCCGGGAGUUCAACAUCUGCGGCCGCUGCCAGGUGGCGCGCUACUGUGGCUCCCAGUGCCAGCAGAGGGACUGGCCCGCCCACAAGAAGCAGUGUCGCGAGCGCAAGCGGGUGCUGGCCCUGGAGUCGGAGCCCGAACGAUGAUCUGCCUUCAUCCUCGCCUGGGAGAGGAAGGAGAACUGGGUGGGGUGGUGGGAGGGUUAGACUUGUGGGAGGGGAGCGGGGAUGAAGUGCAAAAUGGGGGCGGGGGGGAAUGCUGACAAGAGACUUAACAACAGAGGACAAUGUUGGUUGCUCAAUUGUUUUGAUGGAUUCAGGGGGUAAGAAGAUGGAGGAGGGGAAGAAAAACAAAGCAAAAAGACAUCUGCCACUUCCCAGAACUGGUAAUUCUCCAUAGCUUGCUUUUCAUGUGGACGACGGGCGCACGCGGGGGGGAAGGUAUUAUUUGCUUUUUAUUUUUGUCUUUAUUUUUCUCGAGGAUGGAGACCCUCGAGCUCUACCUGCUGCUAUGGUUUUGUAUGUGGGAGGGGGCGAGUUGUCUUGUUGAUGAACUGGACAAGCUUCUUUUGGACCACAGUACAGACAGUUGUGUUGUCAUCCACUUUUGUUCCUCCACCCAGCCACAGGGGUGUGGUGACAUCUGUGCAGACGGGGGACCCAGGAGCUGCAGUACCUGUCGUUCAGCUGGUACAAUGGGACAUGGACCUUUUCACUGUAUCGCUCCCUUUCUGACCUCUGUGGUGCACAUGGCUGCUGUCUUCAUUGGCAUCGACACCUUAGCCACCACCCUGUCUGUUGCACCCCCCCCCCACCCGAUAGAUUUCACUGAUUGAAUCACACUACCAGUAUUGAGUGGGAGCGUGUGUGCGUGCGUGCGUGUACUGCCAAUAUGUACUGAAGGACAUUGACAUGGUCAAUGUGGGUUAUGGAUAGGGUUAAUGUAUGUCCUUUCUCUUCUUAAAGGGGCCAUAUUGCACCGUUUUUAAAUUUCAUAUUUAAUAAUAAAUUGGUGGGUUAAAAAUAAUUUCACUGUUCUAUAAUAAAGUAGCUGCCAAAUUAAGUUAAGUUUUCUCAACCCAUGACUUUUUAUUUUUGUCAUAUUCAUCUGACUUGUUUAGUUGUUUAAGACCUGGUACAACAUUUUAAUCACCUGAAGUAACUAGGUAUAUAACUUUUUUUUUUAAACGGCAUUUUCAAAAUUCUCCUGUUACUAUUCAUAAAGUGGUGGUGUUGGUACUUUGACAAGCCUUUUUUUCACGAUCCCACAGAAACAAAGUUUGUCACAUUGAUCACAGAAUAUGAAACUGCUUUUUUGUGCUCACAAAAUAAUUUCAUGUUCUUAAGACACAAAGUAUCUGUCAAACUUUUCUGAUCACAAGGAAACAAAAUGGGGGGGGCGAUCUCUACCAAAGUCUGCUAUGACCUGUAGUUGCCACGCCUGUGUCAACUGGUUUAAACCCUCCAGUCACUCUUAGUUUGCUGGUUUUUAACAGACACCUGUCUUUUCAACUGUACUUUUUACAUCUGCAGGGUUAUGAUAUGAUGUGUGUGUGUGUGUGUGUGUGUGGGGGGGGUGCUCAGUUUCUUGUGUGAGAGUUUGCUCUGUUUGGUUUUUUUGUUGUGUUUGUUGUUGGUUUUUUUUUUUUGUUUGUUUUGUUUUUUUUUUGAAGAAAUUCUAUCAACGGAGCUAUAUUUAUUUAAAACAUUUAAUUGUGAAACCUGUUUUUGUCCUGGUGAUAUUUGAAGGCAAAGGUUAUAUAAAAGUGGACAAUAUGGGACCUUGAUGUCUCAUCUUUGUGGGCAGGGAGUGGGACUGAACAUUUCAACCCCUACUUGGUUGCCCCCCCCCCCCUUCCUGGUCCUGAAUGAAUGAGUCCUCCUCGGUGUUGCCCUUCCAGAUUUUCCAUGAAAACACUGCACACCAUCAUUGUACUAAAAUCUUCCAUGUGAGAGACUGGGAGUGUAAAACUUGAAUUCCCCCCUUUACACACCUUUGGUAAAAUUCUAUUAUUGAGAGUGGUUUUAUGAACUGAACCAAUGACCUGCUAUUGUUUUCUAAGACAUGGCAGUCCAAGUGAAAUUGUUCUGUGUCAACUUUUAUCCUAAAUUGCCUGCCUUGUAUUACCUACAAUGCACACCCGCUUAUGUGUCCUCUUGUGUUUUCGCAGAGGAGUCCAGACACCUGGUAAGCAUGUAUUUCACAGACGUACAUGCGACUUGUUGAUUGUUUAUUUUGUGUGUGUGUGUGUGUGUGUGUGUGUCUCAACAGGUUAUCAACACUGCACUAAAAUUUGGCUCCGAUGUUUAGCGUAUUUGUCAUAGAUGGGUUGAAGGGAGGGGUGUGAUUUUGGAGUGUACAGAUUGUGUCUGAAAUCAUUUUGUUUUGUAAGAAUAUAAACAUUAAUCACCUAGAAAUAAAGAGCUACAAUAUGUGAAUGGAAGUACAGUUGGCGCUAACUGACGGUUGCUUUUCCAAUGUUAAAUGAUAAUAAAUAAAAUGAACCUCAUUGGUUGGAGUCGGCUUGGAG